UUUAAAAAGGAAAGGGACCCGCUAACUGACAGCAGCCCAUGAGAGAGAGACCGGACAAACUGGAGUUGCUGGAUGUUUAGGGGGACAGUGUCUUCUCCACCAUGCUGUAUACUUUAGCAGGAGGGGGCACUCUCUGUGGUGUGGCCGCCCUCGUGCUUCUCAUUGUUUCCACGGCAACAGACUUCUGGAUGCAGUAUCGGUACUCGGGCAGCUCGGCAAAUCAAGGGCUUUGGAGGUUCUGCAUCAACCACAAAUGCCACGCCCACACCAUAACUGUGGCUUUCUGGGAUGCUACUCGGGCCUUCAUGCUGCUGGCAGUGCUUAGCUGUUUUGCAGGUGUGGUGCUCGGCCUGACCGCCUUCACCAAUGGCACCAAGAACAGGAGAGUCCGCACGGGUGGCAUUGCUCUGGUCCUGUCAGGUUUUCUUUCUUUGCUGGCUUUGGCAAUAUACACAGGAGUGACCGUCACUUUCUUUGGCAAACGCUUCCUGGACUGGCGCUUUUCCUGGUCCUACAUCAUAGGCUGGAUUGCUGUCAUUUUGGCUUUUGCAGCAGGUGUGUUUCAGCUCUGUGCUUAUCAGCGCACCACCGGAGACCCCGCCCCUCCAAAUAACCCGGACAGCUGAGCAGGAUAAUCUGGCUCAUUAGCUCUGGCACUGCUGUGGCAGAUGUUCUUGUUGCUUUUGACAACUUAGAAUGAAAAUAAAUAGAAAUCAUGGAGUCCUGUUUUGG